GCUCCGCCCUGACCUCGGAACUGCUCAGGGCAUCAGGGACUCGCUGCCGCUGGUGGUUCAGCGGAAACUACAGUACCCAGAAGCCCGUGUGCCACGCGGCGGGCGGCACUGUAAGGGACGUUUCCGUACGUGCAGAAGUCGUCUGGGAGGGACUUCCGGUAUCUUCCUCGCGGCAGACAUUUUGUUGGCCCACGGUCGACCCAUCCGAGCAGAACCUAGGGCUCUGUGGUUCGGUUCAGAGGUGACGGAAAGCGAGAAGGCGCGGGAGGAGACCCUGCCCUCGCUGCAAAGUGGCUCCGCGGUGGCAACGCUCGCGAGAAUUCCGCCGCUGGGCGGGGCCAGGGCAGUGCCUGAUUUCCGACCUGGGACCCUUCCGGACUCGGUGUGGUCCAGACUGUGAUGGCGGCGGCCAUGGGGAUGGACCCGCUUAGGUGGGUGCUGCGUUCCCCGCAUCUUGACGCGCCCGAGCACCCACUUCUGAAUUAUCCUUUGUGGUUUCUGAACUGUAUCAGGGGAAAGAACUCUGAGUACCUGAUUGAGAGGUCAUGACUCUAGCCACAGCAGAAGGGGCGUGGACAGGCCCUGGUUGUUGGCGUGGAGUGGAGAAAGAAGAGGCACCUUCUGAGCAGAGUGUUUCCAUAGAAGUGUCACAUGCUCAUACUUCUAAGGCAGAUUCAUCGACCCAGAUGGCUCACCCUUGUGACUUAUGUGGCCCAGUCUUGAAAGAUGUUUUGCACCUGGAUGAACACCAAGAAACAUGCCAUGGACUGAAACCUUACACGUGUGGGGCAUGUGGGAGACAGUUCUGGUUCAAUGCAAACUUUGACCAGCACCAGAAGCUGUACAAUGUAGAGAAACUCUUAAGAGGAAACAAAGGCAAGACCUCAUUUGUGAAGAACUGUAGAGUUUAUGAAGAACCUCACCUGUCAGAGAAUCUCUUUGCCUGUGAGGAGGAGCAGAAGAACUUCCAGACCAGUUUGGGCAGUCACCAGCAAAAGGCCACCCACAGCAAGAGGAAGACAAGAAGCACUGAGAGUGGGGAGGCCUUUCACAUUGGACAAAUGCAUUACAAGUGCAGCGAAUGUGGGAAAGCUUUCAGCCGCAAAGACACACUUGUCCAGCACCAGAGAAUCCACACAGGAGAAAAGCCUUAUGAGUGUAGCGAAUGUGGGAAAGCCUUCAGCCGCAAAGCCACACUUGUGCAGCACCAGAGAAUCCACACAGGAGAAAGGCCUUAUGAAUGCAGUGAGUGUGGAAAAGCCUUUAGCCGCAAAGACAACCUUACUCAGCACAAAAGGAUUCACACUGGCGAAAUGCCUUAUAAGUGUGGCGAGUGUGGCAAGUACUUCAGCCAUCACUCCAACCUAAUUGUACACCAGAGAGUUCACAAUGGAGCAAGGCCUUAUAAGUGCAAUGAUUGUGGGAAGGUUUUCAGACACAAAUCCACACUCGUUCAGCAUGAGAGUAUCCAUACUGGGGAAAAUCCUUAUGUUUGCAGUGAUUGUGGGAAAUCCUUUGGCCACAAAUACACCCUCAUUAAACACCAGAGAAUUCAUACUGAGGCAAGGCCUUUUGAGUGCAUUGAAUGUGGGAAAUUCUUUAGUCGAAGUUCUGACUUUAUUGCACAUCAGAGAGUUCACACUGGUGAAAGGCCUUUUGUGUGCAGCAAAUGUGGGAAAGAUUUCAUCAGAACCUCCCACCUUGUUCGGCACCAAAAAGUUCACACUGGAGAAAGGCCAUAUGAAUGCAAUGAAUGUGGGAAAUCAUACAGCUUAAGCUCCCACCUUAUUAGGCACCAGAAAGUUCACAGUGCAGGAAGGCUUUAGGAAUACUUUCAACGCAACAGAAGUCAUGGCGAGGAGCUCUGUGACUGCCUUUAGAGAGGGAGACAUCAAUCAUGUGUUGAACUACAUAUAUGUGGACAUUAACACUGGGGAGAUAAUUUUAUGAUUGCCAGGUACACAGGAAGCUUUCAGGGGCUAUGCUGUACUUUCAGACCUACUUGGGUUUGUUGCCAAAUUUGUUAGUGUCAGUGCCUGUGGCUGAAACUAUCUCAACUCUAACAGUUUAAUUACCCUAAUAUCCUUAGGGGAGGAGAACUUUGGACUCUCUUAAAUCCCUGGAAGGAAUUGUAAGAAACCUGAAUUUGGGAAUUCCCUGGUAGUCCAGUGGUUAGGACUCUGUGCUCUCACUGUGGAGGGCCCAGGUUUGAUCCCUCGUCUGGGAACUAAAAUCCCACAAGCCAUGCAGCUUGGCUGGAAAAAAAGGGGGGUGGGGACCUGAGUUAAAAGGGGGGGUCCUUGUUUGUUCCCCUCUGACUGGAAAAGAUGUGGACAUGAUCUGUCUUUGGCCAAGAGGACCUGAGCUGUGUUCUGGUAGCAGAAAAGGUCUACUUUAUUCAUGGAUGUUGUUAGUCUCGUGAUACUUGUGACGAAUUUUUCCAAGUCACCCAGGCUGGAUAACUACUUGCCUCAUGUUGCCCUGGUUUAUUUGAUAAUAAAUACCUUACUAUUUAAGCCACCUUUGAUCUUGGGGGUUCUUUUUACUCUUUGGUUUGAAAACAGGCUCUGCCAAACUGAAGAGAUAAAGUCUUUGUGGGAGAUUUCAACAUUGUAUGCCUCAAAUGGAACACAGGUUGGCAGAGAACAGUUCUCAGUCCAAUUUUGGUGUUAAUUUCUAUUGCUGACAAAAGCUUAGGUGAGAACUCAGGGCUUUGUGUGCCUGAUUUUGUCUGGAUUUCAGAGUUUUUAGAGGAUCCAGACAUCCUUGAGUAUGGUGCUGUUGUAACAACCUACAACAUGUUUGGGAGCAGCAUGGCUUGAGUGUCUUGUUUCCACCAUAGGUCCCACAUUCCCCAGCAUUGUCGUGGGGCAGCUGUUCCUCGGGUCCUGCCAAGUGCCAUAUGCCUUGAAGGCCACAAUCUGGUACAGGAGUCACUGGCUGUAAGACUUACUGUGUUCAGAAAGGAAACAAAAUUGAUACAGAAGCACUGGAUAUGAAUAAUUGAGAUUGGAGAGACUGCUGCAAAUGAGAAUGGGUGUGCUCAUUGUAAAAACACAUCCACAAGCAUUCAAGUCACUAUGGCUGAAUGAGAUUAGGGUAUAUGGAAAUUCUCCUGCUCUCCAGGGCUGUGUCAUUCUUAUGACGAGGCUCAGUGGCAGAGCAAAGAAUGUAGUUUUCCUCAAUUUCUGUGCCUCCCUGGGCUCUUCACCUGAUGUCUUCGCUGUGUGGGCAGGAACCCCAGGACUGAGAAUAGAAGUGUAGUCAACAUGCAGUAUACUGUGCACACUGUACAGUUUGGUAAGCCUUAAUAUAUGUAUAUGCAUUUGAAAUCAUCUAGUCAUGACAUUGGAUACAUCCGUCACCCUUUCUCAAUGCCCUCCUUCAUACUUUCCCUACCAUCCCUAGGCAACUAUUGAUUCACUUUCAGUAUAGGUAAAUUUGCCUUUUCUAGAAUUUUCUUUAAGUGGGACCUUAAAAGUUUAUUUUUCUCUGCUGUCUUCCAACAUGAUUAUUUUAAGAAUCAUCUGGGGCUUCCUAGGUGGCACAGUGGUUAAGAAUCUGCCUGCCAAUGCAGGGGACAUGGGUUUGAUCCCUGCUCCAGGAAGAUUCCACAGGCCGAGGAGCAACUAAGCCCCUGUGCCACAACUAUUGAGCCUGCACUUCAGAGCUGGUGAGUCACAACUGUUGGGCCUGUGUGCCACAACUACUGAAGCCCACGCUCCUAGAGCCCAUGCUCCACAACAAGAGAAGCCACGGCAAUGAGGAGUCUGCACACCACAAUGAAGAGCAACCCUCGCUCUCUGCAACUAGAGAAAGCCUGUGUGCAGCAAUGACCCAACG